AUGUUUGCUUACCAUUGCCAUUAUUUUUGCAGUAUUCUGGAGAAAGCAAGUCAUAGAGGUAGAGCAUAUAGAUGCAGACAUUGCCAGAAGAAAGGGAAGACUGAGAUCAACACCAAGCAGCGUUUGGAAGACCACGUGUACAAGUAUCAUGUCUCUAAUGAUGAGCAGCCGCACUGGUGUAGGCUUUGUCUGUUCAGAAGUCGAACUCGGGAUGGUUUGUUGGCACACGUCGAUAGUUAUGCUAGGCAUAGGAAUGUUAUGAUAGAGAAAGGCGUAAAACAUUCUAGACCGUUCCUUGUAUCAUCUAUGAACCCCUACAUUGUAUCGGAGAAAGACAUAGAAAUGUUGUCUAAGGAUGAAAGUAUGAACUGGUGGGUGAAGAAAGAGUUCCCUAGGAAUAAAGAUAAUAUAUUGGAAAUAGCCAUGCAAGAGGCAGAUAUAGUCGCUUCACCAGAAAUUCAAAUUUUAGAGAAUGAGACAGAGAGAGCAGUGGAGGGUUUGUUGGGAGAGGUACCCGUGGUUAAUGAUGAUAAUGAUACGUGGGUAGCAACAAGAGCGCUUGAUUUAACGGUAAGCAGGAAGAUGGAGGAGAAGAAAGAUGAGGUGGUGGAGGCAGUCGUAGGAGUUGAAACGAACGAAGAGCAGGCAUUAGAUCUGAGGAUAGUUAGAAGAAGAGAUGUAGAAGUAGUUGAAAAAGUUGAGAAUGAAGCAGAUGAUAGUAAUAGGAAUGAGAUUAUUGAUAAUGAAGUAGUACUUGGUGAUAUAGAGAGAAGUUCUGAAGUGCGUAGAGAAGAAUUAGAGGAACAGAAUGCAGAAGAAUCCAACAUAGUGAGUAAGCCGAGAUCAAGAGAGAGAGUAAGACAUUCUUUAAAACGAAGCAGAUCGGUAAGCUCGUCAUCAUCUAGCUCAUCAUCUAGUGAUGAGUCAUCAUCAAGUGAAGACGAGAGGGAAAAAAGAGAAAACAAGUUCUGCAAGAUAAUGUGCGACAUGGUAAAGAGAACAGGGAACAUCAUUGGUAGUCAAAUUAUAUCCAACGCCGAAAUGAUAAACAAAUUACAAAGAACAGUUGAUGAACUUAGAAAAGAAGUUGCCGAACUGAAGAAAGAGAAAGAUAGUAGAGAUGGAAAGGAGGUAAAGAGUGAUGUAGGAGAAAAGAGUGUUACAGGAGUUAAAAAGAGUAAGGAAGGAAAUGGUGAAAAAAAUGAUAAAAGGAGUCUAGGAGAGAGGAAAGGAGUAGUGUCGAAAGAACAGAGUAAUAUAAAGGAUAAGAGAAACGAGGAAAAGGAAAACAGAGGGGAGAACAGAGAAGUCGGUAGACGCCAACACUUUAACGUAAAGGGUCACCACAACAACUCGAGAUACUACGGUGGUUGGAAUAGGCGCAGAGAGUGGAUGCCGUACAAUAAGAAAUAUUGA